CGGUUUUGUUUACGGAACCGGCUCAGAUCACCGUUGCAUGGAAUUAAAAACUAAAAACUCCGAUUAAAAUGGUCUACGUAGAAGCUUCCUUCCCGCGUGGCAAAAAAACCGAGACCGAGGACGAUGGAUUGGCACCGAAAAAGAAAUUUAAACCGCGUCAGCGCGAGAAUUACGGCGCAUCCACGGAAGAAGAAGCUAAGCAACGGAAGCCGCGGCCAAAGGAUCGCCGACGAGUGUUGAAGGAAGAGAAGGAGGAAGAACUGGAAGAGCAGGAGUUGGCCUGCAAGGCGUCCAACCUGGGCUUCGUAACGCUCCAAACGGGCAUGCUGGUACUGGGUUGCGUGCAACGUACAUUUAAAACCCACAUGGAAGUUACGCUGCCGGGGCGGAUUACGGGAACCGUCCCCGUGCCGGCCAUCUCGGAAGCGUACACCAAGCGCCUUCAAGCUAUGAUCGACCGACAGUCGUUUGACUGUCCCACACUGGACGAUCUGUACAAAGUUAAUGAGCUGGUGUACGUUAAAGUGAUGGAAAAGCAAACAUCCCCGAGGCAGCUAACGCUGUCGCUAAAUCCACACGAUCUACAUAGCUCGUUCACGGCGAACCAGCUCGUCCCUGGGCUAGUGCUGUCCGCCACGCUAAGCAUAGAAGAAGACCACGGUUAUACGAUGGAUGUGGGCAUUCGCAACGUGCGCGCCUUCCUGCCGAAAGAAAACCUGUGUAAAAACCCGACCGAAAUUGGACGGAAUUUGUUUUGCUCCAUUGAAAAGGUUACCCGUCAAGGAACGACAGUAACGAUCAUACUGAAGGCGUUCCGCCCGAAAGAGAGUCGUCUGUUGAACGUGAGCAUGACCAACCUAGAAACGAUCGUACCGGGCUGUGUGGUACCGUUUACCGUCGGCUCAGUGGUAAAGCAUGGCCUACGCGGGACCCUCUUCGAUGAUACGGUAGCCGCGUUCGUAAACGAAACUAUGCUCACGCAACCAAAUAGCAAGCCAGAAAGCUACACCAUGUUCCAGCAGCUCGAUGCGACCGUUCUGUACGUGAUGCCGGUCACAAAGCAUGUGUUCGUCUCGCUGGCCAAGUACCCGGGCAACCGAGCUGAAAACAGCGUUGCCUAUGCGGCCGGCGAGACCAUUGAGAACGCGCACGUAGUGACAGUGACCAGCGCGGGUGCCUGGUUGCAGUUCGCCAAGGAGUACCGAGCGCUACUGCCCAAGAGUGUUAUCAUGAAGCGUAUCAAGGGCAACUAUGAGGAGAGCGUUGUGAUGAGCAAGUAUCACGUCGGUUCGGUGCACACACUGCGCAUUCUGCGCUACGACCCACUAAAUCGAACAUUCAUCGUCUGCGAUACGUUGGACAAUGCGGUCGAUGAGCUUACGCUGCAGGACAUACAGAUCGGUGAGAUAUACCAGAUGCGUGUGAAGAAGCUGCUUGAUGCAGGAGGAUUUUUUGUCGAGCAGGGUGCGGUGCGUGGGUCGGUAUCGCGAGAAUGGUUCGAUCGAACGCAACACGUUAAAGAGGGCGCACGGGUGCAGGUGCGAGCCAUGAUGUUCGAACCCAGCACACCGUUCGUGCAGUUUACAAACCUCCCCAAUCUGCUGAAAAAAGGGAUUCGAAUUCUAUCAUCGCGCGAGCAGCUAGAGAACGCAAACUCCAUCUUAACCGCUCCCGAAGCUAAACAGUUUCACGGAUUGGUAGUGCAGGAAACACGCGACUAUUUUAUGAUCAAGUUUGCCAACGACAUCAAGGGAUUGCUGAUGAAACAUUUGCGCGAUAUGGAGCAAGAUACCGUGAAGAUGCACACACUACGCGUCGGCAGUGUUGUACAGGUAACGGUGCACCAGUACAAUUCUGCAACGCAAAAGUUGCUCCUUGCGCUGCCAUUGCACAGCACUGACACGGUCUCAACGCUAACCGAGGCCACUGUUAUCGCGGUGUUGCCGACGGGUGUCGAAAUAGUGCUAAAAGAAGAUAGAAGCAAGGGCACCAUCCCGUUGCAGUACUUUUCCGACUUUGCAGCCCACAAUCCCCUGUACGUUGGCCAGCUGAAGGAAGGACAGAAACUGUCGGUGGUAAAGCUACGACAAAAUACGUACAGCGUCCGGGAUGUGGAGUAUUGUCAUAAAAAACCGAUGCUGCUGAAGAAUAAUCCUCAAGGAGCAGUAGUGCGCGCGAGCUACUUCUCACGCAAUGGCCAACCGUUUGCCAACCUACUGCUCAGCGAUUAUGCAAAGCCGAUAGAGGUUCGGUUACGCGAUGAGGACAAACAAGCAGAAACUAUUCCCGAUGGAGAAAUCAUCUACGCGCGGAUUACUUACGAUCAUAAGGGCAACACCGACGAAUCCUUCAAGCUUAACGCAAACACACAACGUCGUAUGGUGUGCCCACGUGGUAUUGAGCACGUGUACGAGUACAUGGAGACUUACAUGCACGAUGUGAGAUGCUUAAUUGAACGCUACAAGAAAGCGGGAAAAACGUUUGCAAACUUCACGGUUGGCCAGCAAGUUCGUUGCACCAUCGAGAGCGAGGUAGCGGAGAAGCUCGUUGUGAAGGUGCAACCGGAAGAGGACGGAUCGGAAGACACUGCGAAAGGAAUCGUCGAAAAACCACCGGCAACAUCCGGCAUCUACGGAAUUGGGGAUGAAGUGGUAGGCCGCAUUAUAUGGGUCGAUGUAGUACGUCAGGUGGUACAAGUUUGCAUCGAUCCAGCCCGCCUGAAGUUCAUUGAUCAAUCCAAACCAAAGGCAUCGGAGCUGAAUCCCAGCGAGCGGUUGCACUGUACGGAAUUGUACUCAAACGAAUACGUUCACAUUUGCUGUGCAACGAAAAAGGCGGGUCCACUGAUUGUGGUACCAGUAAAACAUCAUUACAAUGAUGUCCUGUGGAAGACCGGUGGUAAACCGGUAAACAUUGUUUUACCGAUGCAUCCGCUUGGCGAUAUGAUAUUUGCCGUUACGAAGUAUAAUUACGGUUUGUAUAAUGGAUUUGACAACAUGGAAAACCCAACGAAGCUUUACACAAAACAUCAGAAACGUCCACAAUGCGUGCAGAAUGAGAAUGAUUCGACACUGAAGCUACGGUCGCAAGGUAAGCUACGGUACGUUAAUGAAUUGCCGGAGACGUUCCAAGAACAGUUGCUCGAUGAUGAUCAGGCGGAAAAAUCAGAGUCAGAGAUCGACGAAUCGGAUGGGGAUGAUUCGGACGCCAGCGACAGCUACCGGGACAGUGUGGACGAUGAUGAGGAUGAAGAUUUCGUUUGUUUUGAUACGGAGGAUCAAGAGGAGGGAUUGUCAGAAAAGAUUAAUGAGGAGAAAGCCAAGAUGAUAAAGAAGCAAUCAAAUCAGGAAGCAGAUGGUCACAAAGAUGGGCCGAAGGGCCAAAAAGAACCCAAGAAAACAUUGCCGCUCAUUGCAGUUACAAAACGAGAGAAGCAACACAACGGUACGGACAAGUCUAGCAACUCCGAAAAGAAAUCGAAAAAACGCCAGCUAGAGUUGGUUACUGCAUCGUCUGCAGAAGUGACCCAGAAGAAAGAGAGUAAAAAGAAGCAACUUGAAGCUGCUAACUCGACCGAGCAGGAGGGGAAAUCUAAGAAUCAAAAAUCAAAACCGAAGCAGUUAUCCGUUGGUUCAACCAACGAACCGACGAAAAGAAAGCUGGAAUCCAAUGCUGAAGCAGCUAACGAAUUGGCAAAAAAUAAGAAAAAGAAAAAAAAGUCUCUUCCAGCAGGGGUCAAAGAUAUGCUGAAUAAUUUCUACGAUACCCAGUUAGAUGGUGGCUGCGAUUUUUUAUUAGGCGACCAAGUUGAUGGUGCUGUAGACCUGGCGAAACCCACGAAGAAGGUAAAAAGCGCAAAAAAGCGGAAGCAUAAUGAAACGACCGAUAAUGUCGACAAGAAAGACAACAGCAACAGUAGCAAAGGCAAGGGAGUGCUUCCCGGUGCGACCAACUUUUGGGAUACUACACCCGUGUACAAGCGGGACCAGAACGCAUCGGACUCGGAUGGUGAUGAGCGUGAGGAUGAAGAGGACGAGCAGCAGGCGAGCAGCAGUAAGCGAAUGACGGGCAAAGAACGAUUCGAGGCGAUGAAACAGGAGGAGGAGCGCCUGCGGAAGAUCGAAGAAGAGCUAGCUGAUCCUUCGGCAACUCCGCAUACACCGGAUCAAUUCGAUCGCUUGGUCAUGGCACAGCCGAACAACAGCAUGCUUUGGAUCCGGUACAUGGCGUUUCACAUGGAAUCGGCCGAGCUGGAUAAAGCACGGACUGUCGCCCGGAAAGCACUAAAAGCGAUCAACUUUCGGGAGGAAGCGGAACUAUUGAAUGUGUGGAUUGCGCUGCUCAACCUUGAGCUGCGCUACGAGACAGUGGACACAUUCAAGGAGGUCCUCACGGAAGCGAUCCAAUACAACGAUGCGUUCAAGGUGUACAGACGCGUGCUCGACAUUCUGAUCGAUUGCCAGAAGGUGUCGGAAGUGUCCGAACUGUUGGAGCUAUUAGUGAAAAAGUUCCGCAAGGAGAACGAUAUGUGGUACCUGGUGGCGGAUGCCUGGUAUCGAAUAGGCCAGACCAACAAGGGCAAACCUUUGCUGAGCCAGGCACUGAAAUCAUUGCCCAAUCGCGAUCAUAUUCCCCUGAUCGUCAAAUUUGCAUUUCUCCACAAUCGCCAUGGCAACCGGGAUGAGGCGCAUCUGCUGUUCGAGCAGAUACUCACCUCGUACCCGAAGCGCACGGACAUCUGGUCCCAGUACGUGGACAUGCUGGUCAAGGAUGGUCUGAUCGAGGAGGCCAGACAAAUUUUGGAACGUGCGAUUGUACAACGGCUACCAAUGAAGAACAUGAAAACCCUCUACACCAAGUAUGUCACCUUUGAGGAAAAACACGGAGACCGCGACAGUGUGCGGCGAGUGAAGCAGAUGGCGGCAGACUACGUUCAGGCCCAGCUGAACAAUGCGGGCGUCACGACGGCAGCCGAUAAUGGGCGUAAAAAGUAAUUUUCGACGCGGGAACGAUUCUGUUUUUUUCUUUUCAUAUACAUAUGCGUAUUCUACACAUGAAUAAAGUUUAUGUCGAUAAUGAAAAGGAAAAGGAUUCGCCACCCCCUUUUUCCAUAUCUUUUACCUUAUAAAUAGGCCUUAUAACGCGG